GGACCUCGGAGAAAAAGGAAGGCGGUAGGCAGGAGAGCGACUGUAUCCGGGGAUAGAAACCUCUGAAUAUAUGAUGUCCGCAAAAAAGCAAGGUUCGGUGAAGGCCAUCAAGUCUAGGCGGGUAUGUGUCGCAAGCACCUGUACCUCAUGAAGUUUAUGCCUCAGACUGCGUACAUUGGCAAAAAUCACAAGCAGUGCGUUCUCAAGCUCUACUGUCCUGGGUUGAGGAGAAAUGACCGCUACCGGGUUCUCGGUGUUCGCCAAAUUACGCGAAAAUCCACCAUGUGGAGGUCUGUCUCACCAUUCGCUCGGCAGGACCGGAGCUCAUUAGCAGCUGUUUUCAGUUUAAUCCGAUCUUCCGGAGUACGACCACUCAGAAAGUAAAAAGGCUCACCAUUCCAACUUGGGGUUCGCCGGAAGACGCGUCGGCAUUCCUCUUCGCUUUGGCCUGCGAUCUUGAGAAUGCGUACAUUAGAAAGAUUCUCUUUCUUCCUGCCCAGGAGGAAAGUAGAGAUACUGUUGAUAUCCAAUUCACCUUCAUCGAAUAAAAUAGAAAUCAGUUGCUCAAGGAACCCUUGGUCUUCAAGCAUCCUUUAUGCAGAGGUGUCCUUGGUGGCUUCUGGCGAGUUCACGAUGAUAAGACAUCGUUCACUUGAGGAUGGUAGAGCGCGGCCAGUGAUCUGCGGUUGUGGUGACGUACUGCCCGAGCUCAACUUUUCCAGCUUAUCGACUUUGUCGAGAACAGAGUUCAUUUGGCUCGUUGUGCGUGAUCAUGCCAGGAUUUUUAGCGCUGGUGCUUAGUUUCUGAUCAGGCAACUCGUCGCUGAUUCCGAUUAGUAUCAUUCCACACUCUUGGAAAUUAUUUAUAAUCUGUAAUAUCCAUACAUCAAAAACUUUGAAACUUUG